AUGAGUUAGUAAACUUAAUUUUAAGACUUCUAAAAUUAUAUUGAAAGAUAAUUAACAACUAUAAAAAUAAGUAAUGUUGAAAUAAAAAGGAAUGACAAGAUCAAAAAGUUGUAAAAAUAAUAUGAUAAUUUAUUAUAAUAAUUUGAAUAGUUUGAUUGUUAGAAAUCAAAAGUAUUAGAUUAAAUGAAUCAAAUAUAUAAGAUUGAAAAUUUGGUAAUGGAUCAAGAAGAAAAGAUUAUUGGAUUGAUAAUAGAGAAUGAAAAGUUGAAUUAAAAGAUUUAAGAAGAGAUGAAGAUAGAUUAGAAUAUAGAAUUCUUAUACUCAGAAGUAUAAUAAAACUUGCUUAUAUAUAAAAAUCGAUUCAUGAAACAUUUUAAUAUUUAUUUAAAUAUGAUAUGGAAUUUAUAUUAAUUUAUACUACAAAUUAAGACGAGAAAGUAAACAAAAAAUUAUAGAGUAAUGAGUAAGGAAAAAGUAAUUGAAAUAUAAAAGAAAUUCUAAUUUACAGAAUUUUAUACUAAAAAUCACAAGCAAAUUUAUUCAAAAGCGAUUGCUGCGAAUGCUAAUAAGAUUAUGUAUAAACUAAAUAAUCGAUAUAAUAGAAUGUUUUAUUGUAUCGAUUAUAAUUAUUUUAUUUUAUUUUCUUUAUAUGUUUAAGGAUAAAUAAAAUUAGAAAAGAUACUUAAUAAAAAGUAAUUAGUUGGCAAAUGUUGA